AUGCAAAUAAUUGACAAAACUUUCAAAAAAUUUGAACAAGCUAAAGAAACUUUUAAAAAAGCUAAAGCUGAAAAAACUUUUAAAAAAGCUGAAGAUGAAUAUCUGGAAAUUCUAGAAAGUUUAUUUAAAGUUGCUUGCGCAUCUGAUGAUUAUGAAAAAGUCUUCAAAUUUCUUAAAGUAAUUCAAUAUGAAGGAAAUAAUUUUACUAAAAGUCAAGUUAAACAUAAAAUAGAAAUGCACUUACUUGGUGGUUUUGGCUACAAACAAAAUAUUGUUAAGGCUCGACAAUUAGUUCAAGAAGCUUCAAAUCUUGGUCUUACUAGCGCAAAUGUUUAG